GAUAUAGGUUUUUAGUUUUAGUACUGUGUGUUAUUGAAAUGAUUGAAACCUGAAACUUACAGGUCCUAGACUAACGGUUUAACCAAUAACUACUAACAUACGUUUCAAGUUUCAACAAGUACAAAUAUACCUAAUCAAAUGAAUAACUUCUAUUUUCUUUCGUGAAAUAUAAUAAACGAAAUAAUAACCACUUGUAAUACCCAAAUCAUCAUCCAAUUAAAUUUAACAAGUGUCAUUCCUAACAUAAAUUUAAAAAUAAUCAAAUGUCUUCAUCAAUUAGUGAAUACCAACUACAACGACAUCAAACACUAGAAUCACAAGAUCUUCAUGAUUCACAAACAUCAAAGAAACAAAGACUACUAGGGUGUGAUGUUCCCUCUGUCGAUUGCAAAAGGGAGCCAGGGAGGAUGACUUUUGGGUUCUAACUCUUAAAUACAUUAAAGACUUUGGGCGGAGAGAUGUUUGCAAUAAGUGAAAAUUGGAAUGUCUGGAAUUGUGAUUUUGGUUGGUUUUGAACUUUGAUUGGUUGGUUAUACUAGUAAGCGGUUAUUGAUUUUCUUAUCGGUUAACCACUAACCGAUUAGUUGGUUAGAGGUUAACCAGUAAGCAAGAUACAGCUAACCGAAACCCAACCACUAAAAAAAUUAGCGGUUAUCGAUUAACCAUUUAACUACCUUUAUCGGUUCGACUAUCGAUUAACCAUUUAACUACCUUUAUCGGUUCGAUUAUUGAUUAAAACCGAUAAUCGACUAAUCAUUUAACACCCCUAAUUGUGUUUUGGCUUUGGUUCCCCAAGAAUAGGCUAUCAAAUAUGUGCAUGUUUUCUUAUUGUGGUAGCUGGAUUGAUUCCAUUUGAGCAUCUCAAAAGUCAAAUCUAAACAUAUUUGACAUAACUAAGAGGGGUCUGACUGGGCUCACCGAUGGGCCUUAGAUUCUACAGGCUAUUAAAUACCGGAAAAAUAGAUGGGCUGCGAUGUGGCUUUCGGAGUCUCUAUUGGCCCAGAAAGGAUUAUGGUUUCCCCUUCCCUUCUUCUUUCAUUUCUAAAAAAAAAUCUUCAAACCACCCAAAAUAUCAGCACCCUCUCUCCUGACAGUUCGCCGGAGCUAUUAGCCGCCGUAUGAAGAAGACGAGCUUCACCGCAACGCAGGCUUUCGUCAGCCUAAUCAUUUACGCCAUCGCACAUCCUUCUUUUUAGAUACCAACCGAAUUUUGAGCACAAUACACAGUAAGUUGCAUCCUGACUCUCUCUUUCUUCGGCCGCCGUCGUCCCGAUACGCGGCGGCGGAGCACAUGCCAGGUUUCAAGUUCCUGCAACUUCUGCUCUUCGAUUGGCUCCGUAAGUUUAUGAACUGAAGGAUGAGUUUGAUUUCGUAGUUUCAUCAGUUUUGAAAAGAAAGAGCUUCUGAAAAUGGCGGUUACGGUGUUGGCACCCUCGCAAACUGAUUGCUUCUUCAAGUCCAGUUUCCUUCCUCUGCCGAUUCCCUGUAGGAAAUCAGGGAUUCAACUAUCAAACCCCAGAAGGAAAAUUGCUAACCCAUCGGUUUCAAUUUCCUGUGCUGCACCCAAAAUUGUUCGAAGCCGGCCGCUAGACAAUCUCGUCGUGAAGCAGAACAGUAUUCGAUUUGUUCAAAAGCUCAGAACCCUACUCCUCUCCAAGCCAAAGCACUAUCUCCCUGUCCACAUUCUCGCCAAAUGUCGUUCUUAUCUCGGUCUCCCCGACCGUCGUCCCAUCAGAAGCAUGAUUCACAGGUACCCUUCUAUAUUCGAGUUCUUUGCAAUCCCAACACAUCCAUCUCCAUUCAAUGCCACGAAGCCCUACAAUCAGCUCUGUGUUCGUUUGACCCCAGCAGCAGAAGCACUAGCUGCUGAGGAGUCCAGGCUCCAAUCUGCCAUUUCCAUCAAACAGGCAGAGAAACUGCAGAAGCUGCUGAUGCUUGCUUCCCACCGCCGGCUGCUUUUAACAAAGCUGGUUCACCUAGCACCUGAUCUCGGCCUCCCGCCAAACUUCCGGUCUCGCCUCUGCAACGAUCAUCCGGAUAAGUUCAAGAUUGUGGAGACUUCGUAUGGUCGUGCCCUGGAGCUUGUGUCAUGGGAUGAUCAGUUAGCUGUUGCUAUACCUCCUCGGGUUGUUUCCCGUGAUUUGAUAGUGGAUAGGCCGUUGAAAUUCAAGAGGUUGCAGCUUAGAAAGGGGUUGAAUCUGAAGAGGCGGCAUGAGGGUUUCCUGAUUAAGUUUUCUGAACUGCCUGAUGUGUGCCCUUAUCAUACAACCAUGGAGGAAUUCAGUAAAGAGUCCAUGGAAGCGGAGAAGAGAGCCUGUGCUCUGGUGAGGGAGGUGUUAGGAUUAACAGUUGAGAAGAGGACUUUGCUAGACCAUUUGACACAUUUCAGGAAGGAAUUCGGGCUCCCCAACAAGUUGAAGGGUUUGAUACUAAGGCACCCGGAGGUGUUCUAUAUGAGCUUGAAAGGAGUGAGACAUUCUGUGUUCUUGGUGGAGGGGUUCAGUGAGAAAGGUAAACUCUUUGAGAGAGAUGAUACUUCGGUCAUCAAGGAUAAGUUGAUGCAUUUGGUCAGGGAAUCGAAAAGAAUAAGGCAAGAGAGGCGUAAGGCUGCAAUGAACCGAAGUGUUGCUGGAGUCUCAAAUGAUGUCAGUAGCAGUGAUGGAUUUCAUUAUGUGAAUGGUGACGAGUACGAUGAUGGGUUUGAGAAUAUUUUUGAAGAUUCGGAUCUCGAGGAUUUUGAUGUGGACUCAUUUGAAGGCAUCGGGGAUUGGGGCAAUAGAGAGAACAUGGAGUUCUGGGCUGCAGAUGCUACCUUUCUUUCUGAUCAUGAUGCCGGAGGAUCUCCCCCUGAACCAUGGUAGUGAAACAUGGCCAUCCAUCAGAUGUUGUAUCGAGUCAUUUCGUCAUUUCUACAGGUUAGUAUAGGCUUAUACUUGGUCUUCUUUCCCUGUUGUGUUAUGCAGGAUAUCACAACUCCAACAAGUUACAUAUGAAUGUACAUCUAAAGCCCCAUCUUUAGUAUUCCAUGAACUGUUUCGUCGAUAGUCUGACCAAUAGUUUAGCCAUCUGGUUCUAGGCGAGCUCAAUCUGAAUAGCUUCACUCACUCCUGAUCAUUGUGAAGUUGUUGCUAAACUGAAAGGGCUAAGCUGGGACGAGCUUUAAUCCGCAACUGAGAGUGAUGGUAGCCGUGCUUAAACCUGGAAGAUGAUGCGAGAAUCCAUCAAGCUCCACGGUCUUUUCGUUUUCUAUAUUACGAGUAUGUAGUGAUGGAUGUAUUAUUUGGCUGCUAACUAAAAUCAAUUCGAAAUCACUCAGAGCCUCGUUAUGAGUUGGAGUCGGGCGCAGUGGGUUGGGCUUGGGCAUAUAUAUACCCUUCUUUUAUCCGCUUCUUCCCAGAGUGAAAAAACGCGACUUCCCUUUCCUGUUUUCGAAGAGAGCAGAGCACGUCUCCAGGUGAGGUCUCCAAGUAAAAGGGUUCACAAUUUGACUCGGAAUCCUUCUUCAAUUUAUGUUCCGAAUGUAGAAAACCAGAUCCACCCUAAAACAAGUCUCCAGGUAAAAGGGUUCACACCCCGCAUAAAGUCCAGUACCUUGAUUGUGGGUUUGUUUCUUCUUUUUGGUUAAUUUAAGGAAAUUUGUGGUCUGUUUUAAGUAUUCUGAUAUACUUUAUGAAUUUUGUAGUAUAAUUAGGCUUUUUUAUAAGCUUUCUGGUAUGUUUUAUGGUUUUGUGGUGUGUUUGUUGUGUUUCUAGUAUGUGUUUUGUUGUAUGCACAACACUACAUGGAUGUGCUAUAUUUUAAUUUUUAAUAAUGACUAGUGCUCCCCUUUAUAAAUAUGUAUUAAUUAUGAUCAACCCCUUAGAAUAAAAAGCCAUUAAAACAAAAUAUGCAUAUUUGUUUGGGCUAGUUACAAAACUGACUGCACGAGUUGAUGAUUGCGUGGUUGGUGAAGGACUCGCAAAGUUGUGUGGGUGUAGGGAUUGUGACUUGGGCGCUGCUAUGGCAUGAGAGUAGGACAGUCGUUCUAAAACUUUUGCCAAGUGCACUCCUCGCACACGGUACAACUUUGCGACAUGAAGAGUGAUCGUUUGAUGAUUGCGUUCAUGUCAAGCUCCACUUAGAGAUGACAAUUAAACCCAUGACUGCGGGUACCCGUCCGUUCCCAACCCAUUCAACGUGGGGAAUCCCUGCUUUGACCGGGUAUGGGUAAAACCCGCAAAACGUUUGAUGGGAAUGUGGCAGGUAUGGUUUUAGCCUCUCCCGCCACAUACACAUACCCAUACCCGCCCCAUUAGGAUAAUUUCUUCACAUAUAAAAAAUAAAUUGAUUAAAUUAUAACCUAUCUAUAAUAGUGAGGGUAACUCAAGAAAAUAUAGAGUAGAAAUGUAAUCGGGUGGCUACCCAAAUCAAAACUGAAUUCUUUUUUCUCAACUUUCCCUUCACUCUUUCAUUGUUUCGAUUGUUAAUAAGAUUAUGUUAGUUAGUUAUUGGGUAAAUGACAAGUUUGGUCACUGGAAUUACUACAUAAUUACCGACCCGGAAUCUGAAUCCGUCCUCGAUCAGUUCAACUCCUUCUACCCAGUUACGGGGAGGCGGUUCUCUCCGAGCCCUUCUCCGUCGAGUACAAAUGGGAGAAGAAAGGGUGGGGCGAUCUGCUUAUGCUCUCCCAUCCCCUGCAUCUCAAGCUUUUAUCCGGCGAUGACUGCAAUGUCACCUUCAUCGAAGAAAGACGGCGGAGGUGUAACGAAUCGGCGUCUUUUGAGCACAGAAAAAGAAGAAGAAAGAAGAAACCACGAAAGGGAAGGCAGAAUAAGAACGGAAGAAUUCCCAGAAUACAGUAAAAAUUAUACA